AUCCUUAGAAUAUUAUUAUAAUUAUUUUAUCCUUUAGUGAACAAAAGAGACUCUUGUUAUGUUUAACACUCCUGUUGGAGGUUGUUUGAUGUGUUGUAACAGUAAAAAGGUCAUUAUUUUUCUGUGAUUUUAUUUUGAACUACAAUUCCCUGCACCAACAAGAGAACUACGUGUUUUAUUUAUUAAUUGUCCCUCCGCGCCCCCCGUAGCUCCAGAGGAGCUUGAGUGCAGCGCAGGAGGUAAACAGAGCUGAGGAGCUCCGUGAAAAAGUGCUGUUUUAAGCAAAUAUAAGUAUUUUUGAGAAAAUUACUGGAAAAAUGAGCUCUUAUAUCAGUUCUAGUCACUCUUCUGUGCAUUUUUAGCGGGUAUUGAAGCAUAUUUUACCUAAUAAUUAAUUAUUUCUGCCCCGGUCGGGUUAUCAGCUCUGAGAUGUAUAUCCAGUUGCAGAUGCUUAAUAAUCGACUGGGAUUAUUUUUGUUGUGUAUGUGCAGAAAUGAAAAUAUUCUCCUGAAAUUCAUCACCAACAACCAGGAUAUUUAUCAAAAGAUCAAAGUUAAACUGCUGAAAGAGGUGAAGCACAAGCCAUCCAGAAGAAUCUCCAGAACACGCAGAAAUUGUUUGCUACAUUUAACAGACAAAUAAAGCAAAGUCCCGACAUGGAGAAACAUCAGCACUCUGUCAAGAGUUUUACUAAACAGAGUGAUCUAAAAAAACACCAGCGCAUUCACACAGGAGAAAAAACGUAUUACUGCUCAGACUGUGGGGGGAGUUUUAAUCGGCAGAGUCAUCUCCAACAACACCAGCGCAUUCACACAGGAGAGAAACCGUAUCACUGCUCAGACUGUGGAAAGAGUUUUAAUCAACAGAGUACUCUCAAAAAACACCAGCGCAUGCACACAGGAGAGAAACCGUACCACUGCUCAGACUGUGGAAAGAGUUUUAAUCAACAGAGUACUCUCAAAAUACACCAGCGCAUUCACACUGGAGUAAAACCAUAUUACUGCUCAGACUGUGGGAAGAUUUUUACUACCCAGAGUGCUCUCAAAAUACACCAGCGCAUUCACACUGGAGUAAAACCAUAUUACUGCUCAGACUGUGGGAAGAUUUUUACUACCCAGAGUGCUCUCAAAAUACACCAGCGCAUUCACACAGGAGAGAAACCGUAUCGUUGCUCAGACUGUGGGAAGAGUUUUACUACCCAGAGUAGUCUCAAAAUACACCAGCGCAUUCACACUGGAGUAAAACCAUAUUACUGCUCAGACUGUGGGAAGAUUUUUACUACCCAGAGUGCUCUCAAAAUACACCAGCGCAUUCACACAGGAGAGAAACCGUAUCACUGCUCAGACUGUGGGAAGAGUUUUAAUCAACAGAGUACUCUCAAACUGCACCAGUGCAUUCACACAGGAGAGAAACCGUAUCACUGCUCAGACUGUGGGAAGAGUUUUAAUCAACAGGGUCAUCUCAAAAUACACCAGCGCAUUCACACAGGAGAGAAACCGUAUCACUGCUCAGACUGUGGGAAGAGUUUUAAUCAACAGAAUACUCUCAAAAAACACCAGCGCAUUCACACAGGAGAGAAACCGUAUCACUGCUCAGACUGUGGAAAGAGUUUUACUGAACAGAUUAAACUCAAAAUACACCAGCGCAUUCACACAGGAGAGAAACCGUAUCACUGCUUAGACUGUGGGAAGAGUUUUACUAAACAGAUUAAACUCAAAAUACACCAGCGCAUUCACACAGGAGAGAAACCGUAUCACUGCUCGGACUGUGGGAAGAGCUUUAAUCGACUGGAGACUCUCAAACUGCAUCAGCGCAUUCACACAGGAGUAAAACCGUAUUCCUGCUCAGACUGUGGGAAGAGUUUUACUACACAGAGUCAUCUCAAAAUACACCAGCGCAUUCACACAGGAGAGAAACCGUAUGAGUGCUCAGACUGUGGGAAGAGUUUUGCUAUACAGAGUCAACUUAAAAAUCACCAGCGCAUUCACACAGGAGAGAAACCGUAUCACUGCUCAGUCUGUGGGAAGAGUUUUAAUCAACAGAGUAAUCUCAAAAAACACCAGCGCAUUCACACAGGAGAGAAAACUGUCCCAAAUUUGUUCCACGGCAAUAAAAAGCGCAAAUCGUAAAUCUUUCAGACAGAACACCUUAUCCUACACAAAUGUUUCACUUUGUCACUUGGGAUACGUUCCACCAGAAACAAACAUGAACUGAAUUUAACAAUGGAUUUUACAGGUUCAGCAAAAUGAAUCUGAUCCAGCGAUGAUGUUUAUUGAAUUUAAUGUUAUGUUUUCUCGUAUGUUUGAAUAUUCCAGGACAUUCUUCGUGAGUUUUUAGGUCAGUUUUUAGGGUAGUUACGGUAGGAGUUCAGUUCUGAAGAAGGGAAGGUCGUUUAAGUUCGAGUGAGGGCACUGCCAGUGUUUGCACCAGAUGUUAGAUUAGCAUAAUUUAGUCUUUAAAAUUUAGAUGUUGUUAGGAGUACAGUAGGAUUCUUAGUCUGCAACUAAGCAUUUUGGAUCAAACCUUCAGUGCUUAUGCCUAAAAGGUUUUGAAUGCAUUUAAUCGCUUUUCUAGUAUAUACAGAUUUAAUUAUUUCCAUUAAUUUCCAAUAUUUUUUGGGUGAAGCUACUGUCGCGCUGAGCUUUUUAACUGUCCCUGCGGAGCUCUUUAACUGUUAAAAAGCUCUGCACGACAGUAGGUGAACUCCCAGUUACGCAACAGAGGGGUGUGCAUGCUAAAAUCUAGUGUAUUUAGUAUCUUCUCUGCUUGUUACAUAAUUAUAGCCUAUCUAACGUUCCACUCUUGACCUUGUGGCUGUUUAUGAGUGUUUUCUAGUUUUAACAAUGUCUACCUUUUAGAAAUGAAUACAGGAAUAGUCAACCAUGCUAGAAAUUAAUCAUUCAUUAUUGUGGCACUGUCACUAUAUUGCAAAAAUAUUUUAUACAGUAAGGAACCUAAGUUUAUUGUUUGAAAUAAAUGUUCUAUUUGUUUAAAUUGUCUUUUCAUCUUUUUAUCUUCUCACAUAAUUUAAACAAAAUUUAUAGGCCAUUUGAAUUGAUAAAUCAUUCUAGAAUCGAAAAUCGUUUCUGAAUCGAACCUUGACCCCAAAAAUCGGAAUCGAAUCAAAUCGAAACACUGAGAGAUUCAUACCCCUAAUAUUUACUCGUGUGUGUUUCAAUAAAAUUCUUUUAUAUUGCAAGAUCUGCAAUCUCGUGUUUUCUCACUAUAUGGUUGAUAACCUUUCUGUGACCUGGAACCUAUCCAUCCUGAGCCUGUUUUAUGUUAUUAUUUGGUGAAGGGUGUGAUUGGAGAUAACCACACCUGCACACUCUUAUUUUUAAAUGUUUUAUACAUUUAUAUAUACAGUUAUUAUUUUUCUGUUCACUUAAUAAUUUAUUUAAAAACUGCUCUCUUUUGAACUGUCACAAUGACACAAGGCUUUGGAGGUUGUUUGUACGUUUUCAGGAAUCAGGAAGGUCAGAGUGUUUUCAUCAACAGUGAGAGCUGUGAGGAGAACGUGACCCUGAGUGGCAGAGAAGCUUCACUGCUGUUCUGGGACCAGUGCAUAUGAACUAGGAGACAACAAGCUAUCUGAGUGAAGUGCUGGGAACCUCUCCUCAGAUAUCCAGCGCAUGCCUGUUCUACACACCGUAAAGUCGCACACAGGCCAGAAGAUCUUUCCAUCCCCUCUUUUCCUCUGUUUCAUCUUCUCACAGACUUUAGGGCACAUAAGGAUUGUUUGGAACACAAGGACUGUCUGCUGUGUUCAUGAAGGACACAGAGCUGAACAACAUCAUGAUAAGAACUUGUUGCUCAGACAGGCUGGAGCGGAUCACGUCAUUGGAUCUGGACAACAAGCUGUUAACUGGACUGGAUAAAUGUAUAACUGCUUGGAUUAAGUCUGGAGGGCUCCCUCUCUUUCUCUCUCUCUGGGUUGUGAAUGUGUUGAUCUAUCACGAUUUUAUUACACUAUGUGUUCACUCGUUGAUGUACUCUUUUCUAAUAUAUAUUUUUAUAUAUAUGUAAUGCUGAAACUAUGCUUUUUCCAGUGAACUUUCAUACAUUUUAAAUUCUAA